AGGUUGUUCUGAGUAAUUCCAAGAAUACCCUUCAACAUGCCUGAAAAUCCUGCAGCAGAUAAACAGCAGGUGCUGCAGAUCCUUGACCGUCUGCAAGCAAAACUCCGUGAAAAGAAAGAUGCUCCACAUAAUGAAAACCUGACUCUUCUCCGUAACACGCUAAGGAGCCCUUUGUUCAACCAGAUUCUGACUCUCCAGCAAUCCAUCAAGCAGCUGAAGGAACAACUAAAUUACAUGCCUCCGAACCGUUCAAUAGAUUUUGAUUUUACCAAGAGAGGGCUCCUGGUGUUUGCUGACAAAUCAGUUGCUAAUGGGAGCUUGUGCACACCUUGCAAUUCGCCCGAACCCGGAGCAUCUCCUUUCGCAGCAAACCUAGGAGUUAAUGAAUUUAACACGAUCAUCCAACAGAUGGCAAAGGGCAGACAAAUAGAAUCAAUAAAGAUAGAAAAGCCUUCUGUUGGAGGUCUUGGAUUUAGCGUGGUCGCCCUUAAAAACCACAGCUCGGGAGAAGUUGGUAUCUUUGUGAAGGAAGUGCAGCCAGGAGGCAUAGCUGACAGGGAUCAAAGACUGAAGGAAAAUGACCACAUACUGGCCAUUAAUUGCACCCCGUUGGAUCGGAGCGUUUCCCAUCAGCACGCCGUGGCGCUCCUGCAGCAAUCCACGGGAUCCCUGCAUCUGGUCGUUGCUAGGGAGCCAGCUCAAGGAAACAGCAGAACUUCGGCCGUCUCACCCAGCGAUAUAAAUCCACCUGAGACUAUUCAUUGGGGCCACGUCGAAGACGUUGAGCUGAUUAACGACGGUUCGGGAUUAGGCUUUGGAAUUGUAGGAGGGAAGUCGAGUGGUGUGGUUGUACGAACAAUUGUUCCUGGGGGAUUGGCAGACCGGGAUGGGCGGCUGCGGACAGGAGAUCACAUCCUACAGAUUGGUGGGACCAACGUUCAAGGAAUGACCAGCGAACAAGUUGCCCAAGUACUGAGAAACUGUGGGAACUCUGUUAGGAUGGUAGUCGCAAGAGACCCAAAGGGUGAAAUUACAGAAACUCCACCAGCUCCUUUGAGCUGGCCAGUUAGUGCAUUACCCUCCUUUCAAAAUGGGAAUGAUAAUAAGGACCUUUUUGAGACCUAUGAUGUCGAACUUAUAAAAAAGAAUGGGCAAAGCCUGGGAAUAACGAUUGUUGGAUAUGCUGGCAUGUGUGAUACAGAACCUUCAGGGAUUUUUGUGAAAAACAUAAUACCUGGUAGUGCUGCUGACCAUAAUGGCCAAAUUCAAGUUAAUGACAAAAUUGUUGCUGUUGAUGGAGUUAAUAUUCAGGAUUAUACCAACCAAGAAGUGGUGGAGGCCUUGCGUAACACAGGACAGGCCGUGCGCCUUACCUUGCUUAGGAGGAAACUCUCUUCUGCUCUUUCAUCAGAAAGACCAUUAGACAGAGUGCAGCCAACUAUUCCAGAACUGUCCCUUGGAGCUAUAGGGAUUGAAACUAGCGUGAACUAGUGUAAGAGUGAGGAAAACCAAGAACAGAGGGAUAAUCUUCAAAAUGAAAAGAAACUAAGUCCACAUAAAACAGGCAGAGUCCCAUUCUCUCCAGCAUGUGAGCAGAAAUCCAAGUGGCAAAGCCUGCUGGGACCUGAUUAUGAAGUUAUGGUUGUGAACGUGGAUAUGCCUAUUACAGAUGAUUCCCAGCUCCAGAAGUACUCAAAGCUAUUACCAAUCCACACCUUGAGAUUAGGAGUGGAGCUUGACACGUUCAACGGACACCAUUACAUAUCAUCCAUUGCUUUAGAUGGUCCAGCUGCAGCACUUGGCCUUCUGCGCCUGGAGGAUGAACUGCUGGAGGUAAAUGGAGUUGAGCUGCGUGGGAAAUCGCGCCGUGAGGCCGUCACCUUUCUGAAGGAAGUGCCCCCUCCGUUCACGCUCGUUUGCUGCCGGCGCCUGUCUGAUGACGGCAACGAGUCUCUUGUUGACGAACCCAGCGCAGCGGUUUUGUCCCCCGAACAAAAGGGGAAGCCUGAUGAAAGUUUUAAUCCUGAGGAGGAAGAAGGGGAAUUAGCCUUAUGGUCUCCGGAUGUGAAGGUUAUUCAACUGGAGAAAGACAAAAAUGGUCUAGGAUUCAGCAUUUUAGACUAUCAGGAUCCCUUAGAUCCGAUGAAAACAGCCAUCGUGAUCAGCUCUUUGGUGGCAGGUGGAGUAGCUGAGCGUGGAGGGGAGCUUCUGCCAGGUGACCGCUUGGUUUUUGUAAAUGAGAAGUCUUUGGACCGUGCCACGUUAGCACAGGCAGUGGAAGUGUUGAAAUCUGUGCCACCAGGUACAGUUUCUCUUGGAAUCUGCAAACCUUUGGUGGGAGAAAGCAAAGAUGACAUGUGCAACAUGGAUCCCAGCAAUGUUAAAACCAGCCCUGGAUCUCCAGAAUCAGUAGAUAAUUUCUCAAUAAUACUUGAAGCACCACAGGGCUUCAGAGAUGAAACGCCUUUUAAAGAAGAGCUCGUUGAUGAACCAAUUUUGGAUUUGGGAAGGUCAUUUCAGCUUCCUCAAAAGGACAUGGAGUAUGAGAAGGAGUCCUGGGAAAUGCAUGAAUUUCUGAAACCUCGAGCAGAAGUAGAUGAAGAGCGGGAAAUGUUGGUAGAUGACGAGUAUGAAGUAGAUUCUGACUUCAUGAAGUACAACGUGUCUGGUGGACAGAAGGCAACUUCAGAGGAGGACCUUGGCUUAGCAGAGCAAUGGGCAAAUAAGCUUGAGAUGAAUACAGGACAAGACGUAAGAGCUAGUGUUGGCUUCGGUCGAAAACAGUCCCUGGAAUAUCCGCUCACUAAAGAGCUGGCGUAUGAAGAAAAUGCCAGUGUAAGUUCCCGGUCUUCUGGAACCACAGCAGACAGCAGCUAUCAGACAGGCAUUUUUGAUACUGAAAUUGCCCAGCCAGGAGCAAAGAACAAGAUGGUUUUAGAUACGAGGCUUCUGUUGGACUCAAAGGUACCUGUGCUUCCUGUUGACCCAGAAGUGACUGAAAAGGAACUGAAAGAGGACAACUGUAUUUUUUCUAAGAAUCGGGAUUAUGGGAGAGGAACUGCCUUACCUCAGUCUAGAACAGCAUUGUACAGUGAGUUACCUGAGAGAGAAGAAGGCGAAGGAGAAGAAACUCCCAACUUCAGCCAUUGGGGACCACCACGGACUGUUGAGAUCUUCCGAGACCCUCGCGUGUCUCUUGGAAUCAGCAUUGUUGGUGGACAAACUGUCAUAAAGCGCCUGAAGAAUGGAGAGGAGCUUAAAGGGAUCUUUAUCAAACACGUCUUGGAGGACAGCCCAGCAGGAAGAACACGGGCUUUAAAAACUGGAGAUAAAAUACUGGAGGUUUCUGGAGUGGACUUGCAAAACGCCACACAUGAGGAAGCAGUAGAAGCCAUCAAGAAUGCAGGGAAUCCAGUUGUGUUUGUUGUUCAGAGUUUGUCCUACAUGCCAAAAGUGGUUUCUGCUGUGCAGCCUAAGGGGAGCAAAGCACAGGAUGCAGACAAAGAAAAUAAGAAUGCAAAGAGAAAAUAUGGGGCUCCACCUCCAAUGAAGCUGCCACCUCCAUAUAGAGCACCUGAGAAAUGGCACUCAGAGGAAGCUGAUGUGGAUGAAGAGGAGGAAGCUUGUGCAGAGCAAAAAAUUAGGCAAAGAUAUGCAGACCUACCGGGAGAGUUGCACAUUAUUGAGCUUGAGAAAGACAAAAAUGGCCUUGGACUGAGUCUUGCGGGGAACAAGGACCGGUCUCGCCUGAGCAUCUUUGUGGUUGGCAUCAAUCCAGAUGGACCCGCAGGCCGAGAUGGGAGGAUGCACAUUGGUGAUGAGCUUUUAGAG